CCUUGCUGCUCGCCAAUAGCAGCGCCAACAAGAGCAAGAAGAACAACAGGCCGUCUCCAGCAUGGUCGGUAAAAAGAGCACCGACAACAUGGCGUCCUGGACUCCGGAGGAGGACCGCAAAAUCCUCCAGCUGUAUGCACUUGAGGGUCGUAAAUGGGGCCGCAUCGCCGACGGCCUCAUCAACCGCAGCCCGGCUUCCGUUCGCAACCGCUACCUCAGAAUCGAGCUCGGGCAGCAAGCGCGACGCCUCGGCCUCGCCAAGAACCGCUGCGCCGCAUGUGGGCAGCCUAAGCUGGGCCACGUGUGCUCGGCGAAGACCUCCGGCUUCUCGCGCGCCGCCUCUCUCCUCACCGCCGUCCGUCCGUCGGGCCCGGCUGCUGCGCCGCCGCCGACGAUGCAAACCGCUCAGACGCCGCUGCACGUGAGGCCGCUGAUCCUCAGCGUGCCGGACCCGUCGUCGCCGCUCUCGCCCUCGUCGCCGCUCUCGCCCACCACUUCGCUGCCGCCCUCCCACCCGCCGCCCGUUUUGCGAGCCUUCGCGUAUGCCAUUCCCAUCGGCUGGCUGCCGAUCCAACCGAGCAUGACCUCGGCGAGGGCGGCGCCGCCCCCCGCCCCUCCGCCCACUGCCCCUCCGCCGCUCGUACGGCUGCCGACGGAACCGGUCCUACACCCGCUCACGACGGCGCACUCUGUCUACUACGCGCGGCUGGCAAAGGCGGGCCCGGACAUCUGAUCGCACUUUGCAUGUGUGUCACGGUGGCGAGUGGCAUGUCUCUCUCUCUCUCUCUCUUUCUCUUCUCGUCUGCGCAUGUGCAUGUCCCUCACAUUCCCUCAU